GGGGGCAGGAGCUCGUGCAGUGCAGGCCGGCACCGCACGUUCUCGUUCACGAGCACAAAUAUAGCCGCCGACAACAACGUCUCCGGCAUCAGUGACGCCGCCACCGCUCGCAGCCUGAGACCAAGUGGGGUGGGGCAGCCCCAGCCCGUGCUGCUACAGCGCUGUAACAGCAGUGCGACGCCAUGAGCGCGACGCAAAGCAAGGCCGACGCCCUACGCGAAGAACUGGCCGCACUGCGGCGGCGCCUGGCCGAGGCGGAGGCGCGGAAGCGUCGAGUGCCGGAGGCGCGCGCACUGCAGCCCGUGAUCGCGGCGCCCGUCGCGGGCCACUCGACGGCGCCGUUCGCGCCGGCGACGCGCGUGCAGUGCGCGACGCGCGUCCAGGCCGCCGUCCGCGGCCAGCAGGCGCGGCAGGACCCGGGCCGCUCGCUUGAGCGGGCGCGCUCCAUCUCCGAGGGACCCGCCGCAGCGGAGGAGCGGCGGCGGGCACGCGAGCGCGCGCGUGAACGCGAGGCGCGCCGCAACGAGGACUACGACGCGGAGGCGGCGCGCCAACCGGAGGCCGCCGCGGAGCCUAGCCCUGCGGAGCAAAAGAAGCAGCAGGAGCGCGUCACGCCGCUGAUGGGCACGGCGCUGCUCGUGGCCCUCCUCGAGCUCUUCGCGCUGCUGGAGAACCGGCACUGGGCCGCGGCCACCCUCGACCCCAAAGACCACUGCGAGUGCUGGUACGCUUGCUCGAAGACGCCAGAGACGAAGUACGAGUAUGACUCUGACAGAUACAAGUCUGAGUGUUGGUAUGGCUCCGGCAGCUGGGAUUGGGACUGCUCGUGCUACUUCGACGUCGAUCUGGCCUACGAUCUCCAUGGUUGGACGGUAAAUGGUGGAUGGAAGGAGUGGGGGGAGGGAGAAACCCGAGCCUUGUCACAGGAGGUCAAGGGCGGGGGCUGCGCGCCCUGCUCCGAGGGCGAAUGCGGCACCGCAAUCCGCGACGCCGUCGACGGCUCGGACUGCUCGCAUCAAUUCGACGCGCUCGUGGGCGCCGCGCUCUGCCUCGCCGUGGCCGCCGCCGUCUUCGCCGCGCUCGGCUGGCCGAAGCGCUUCUUCCCGGACGUGAUGCUGCGGCGGCGGUUCCUGGCCUCCGGCCUGGCGCUCAUCUUCGGCGGCGUCUACGUCAUCAGCACCGCCGGCGCCUACACGGCCGAGAGCGAGCGGCGUUCGGCGGGCCCAUACGUCGCGUGCGGCCGCGGCUGCUGGGAUGCGUACGGCGGCGGCGUUGUGGCGGUCGUGGGAGGCCUGGCCAUCGUCGUGACGCAGGUGUCCCCGGGGUGGUGUGGCGCCUCGGGCUACCCGGACUGUCUCCUCGGCGUCGGCUACCUCUCGGUCCUGCUCUUCAUCGUGCUCACGGCCAUCGGUGCGGUGUGGAACUGGCUCGUAGGGUUGUUCAGUUAA